CUAUCUGUAGGACACACAGACACACAGACCGGAACAGACUGGGGGAAAGAGAGAGGGAAACAGACACACUGCAAAAUCCAGACGCAACAACAGACACCCUAGCAGCUCAAACCACCACAUCAGAUGGGGCCCGGAUUGUUUUGGAACUUCUCUUCAAAGGCUGGCUGCACGGUGCCGCAGAGCCUGCUGCAGACAAUGUUGCUCUCCAGGAUGGCUGGGAUGAAGGAGCAGCAAUUUACUGAGGAGAAACCUCUACUUCCAGAGCAGAGAGGACAAGACACUGAGAUGAGAGACCAAGGGUGGUGUGUGAACGCACUCCCCUGUGCAAGCCCUGCGCCCCUCACCGCCCCCUCUUCCUCAAGCCGCUCCCCACAACGGUGGCAUGUGAUCGCGCGGCACUGGCUCCGCCAGACCCGCAAUCAGACCAGUGGGUGCAUCCCGGAGAACUGUGAGACUCUGAUGCCCAUUGGAGACUGGAAGGAACAUGACAUUGAGACUCCCUAUGGGAUGCUUCAUGUGGUGAUUCGUGGUGCACCCAAAGGAAACAAGCCUGCUAUCCUCACCUACCACGAUGUUGGGCUUAACCACAAGCUGUGCUUCAACAGCUUCUUCCAAAACGAGGACAUGCAGGAGAUCACCAAGCACUUUGUGGUGUGCCAUGUGGAUGCUCCUGGACAGCAGAUUGGAGCCUCUCAGAUGCCACAGGGGUACCAGUACCCCACCAUGGACCAGCUGGCAGGCAUGUUGCCCAGCGUAGUGCAGCACUUUGGAUUCAAGAGCAUUUUGGGCAUUGGAGUUGGAGCUGGUGCCUACAUCCUGGCCAAAUUUGCUCUGAUCUUCCCUGAUCUGGUGGAGGGCCUGGUGCUGCUCAACAUCGACCCCAACGGGAAGGGAUGGAUCGAUUGGGCCACCGGCAAGCUGUCUGGGCUCACCAGUGCUCUUCCAGACACUGUGCUGCCCCACCUCUUUAGCCAGGAGGAGCUGAUGAACAACACAGAGCUGGUCCAGAGCUACCGUCAACAGAUCAACAACACCGUCAACCAGGUCAACCUGCAGCUCUUCUGGAACAUGUACAACAGCCGUAGGGAUCUGGAGAUGAACCGCACCGGGACCAUCAUCAAUGCCAAGACCCUGAAGUGCCCUGUCAUGCUGGUUGUUGGUGACAACGCUCCAGCUGAGGAGGGAGUGGUCGAAUGCAAUUCCAAACUUGACCCAACCAACACCACCUUCUUAAAGAUGGCUGACUCUGGUGGACUCCCUCAGCUCACACAGCCUGGAAAACUGUCCGAAGCAUUCAAGUACUUCCUCCAGGGGAUGGGCUACAUUGCGUAUGUGAAGGAUCGGAGGUUGAGUGGAGGGCCAGUGCCCUCUGCCAGUAUGACCCGUCUGGCCCGCUCCCGGACGGCCUCCCUGACCAGUGGCAGCUCCAUUGAGAGCUCUCGUAUCCGGGGUUUUACACACUCUGACAGCAACGAGGGCCAGGUCAGCCACACCAUGGAGGUGUCUUGCUGAACCCCUACACACACACAGACAGACAGACGUGGGUUGGAGAUAGGGACGGAUAGAAAGAGAGAGAGCGAUAGGAGUUUCUACUUUGAAAUGGUUAGUGGAGGGUGUCUUCUCUAUCUAUCUCUCUAUGUCUUUGUCGUAGUAUUACCCAAAAUCCCUCAGUAUUUGACUACUUCUGCCACCCCCUCACCUCACUAUAAAAAUUGACACCAACGUAUUACUCUUCCCCUUAAACUUCGUAAGUAGUUUUGGUUUAGUGUCAUUUAUGUUUUGCUCAGUGUCUCCUCUCCCUUUGCCUUUUCCCUGCUCCUCCUGCCCCUCCCUCUCCCCCUUCCUCCCUCCACUCAGACCCUGAGCCCCAUUUGCCCCCUGCCCCCCUCCUCCCUCCACUCAGACCCUGAGCCCCAUUUGCCCCCUGCCACCCUCCUCCCUCCACUCAGACCCUGAGCCCCAUCUGCCCUCUGGCACCCCUCCACUCAGACCCCUCCCACACUCAUCCGCUUGUCUGCUGACAAUCUCUAUGAGGUGAUCAAUGAUGGUAGUUAAGUGGGUUGUAUGUAGUCAGUGAAAGUAGUUGGUCAUUGGAGAAAAGACAUGCUAGCAACAGGACAUUUUGUUGUAGUUGGUACUAUUCUUGCUCUUUGUCUUGAACGAUAGGACAGCAGAGAUUAUGAGCUUUUGUCUGGGAGGUCCCAGAUUUGACAGAAAGCAGCACACAGCCUAUUAUAUUUUAGAGGGUUUUACAUCACACAGUGGAUAUGCCUCUCUCUACCUGAAGGAUGCAUCUGUGUCGAAGGCAAUAUAUUAUUAUUCCCACUCCACAUCCCAUGCGGUUUUCCCAUGGAUUGUCAUGCAGAAGCAUAAAUGAACAUAGUGUGAUUCUAUAUACCCAUAUGAUUCCACUAGUAGGAGCAUCCAUUCCUAUAUAGUUAGUGUGGCCACGGUGAUCUCCACCUCCCCAACAUGGAAGUGGUUCUGCUGAGGAUCGGUUCUUAGUGGUCUCCCAAAUGACAAUCAUACUUUGACCCAAACCAAACCAGACCUAGGAGCUGAGGCAGAACCCGUUAGAUCUGAGAUGUUCUUCUCUCAUGUCAGCACCACAGGACGGGACUACAGCUGGCCUCUCCUUCUGCAGCACUCAGCCCCACACAGAGAAUAUACCAAAGCUAUACACACACUUACCUAUGAGGGCUGGACUCUGUAAGGGAACCGAGCCAAAGUCUAUCGGCACUUCUUGACACAGUAGCACAAAACACACGCAUGUCCACACAAACGUAUGCAUGCAUGCAUGCACGCACGCACACACAAACACACUGUCAAUGUGUCACAGUAAAUGUGCCAUCACAAAACAAAUGUUAUUGUAUUUACAUCCAUACCCGUGCAUAACUUACAUAGAUAAUGAAUAACCUAACACCCCACAGACCUCUUUUUCCCCCAUGAUAUUGAGCUGGAAUAAUAGUCGUUGUUACUGGAGAGGCUAGGUGUGUGCUGCUAGCUGCUGUGAUGGACUACCCAUUGAGUCAGGCUAGUCCUUUGAGGAGGAACUGGGGUCCCUGACAAUUUGCACAGUAAUAACUUUCUACAUUCUAUUUGCAUUCCUUAUGUUCAGUAACAACUACUCCCUGUCAUCUAUUUGAAUGUCAAUCUCUCCGUUUCCCCCGACAGGGGUGAAGUGGGAUAAAUACUACUGCAGGGGUGCUUCCUGGGACUGUCUGUAAGGGGCAGGGCUUUUUUGGAGCCCGUUGCUCCAAGCUCAGAAUGUAAGGCAACACCCACCCCCAACCACCUCAAACCAAAACCACAAGGUGCCCCGCCCCUCACAGACACAUCCAGUCGCCCCAAAAGGGCUAUCAGCUGAGGUCACUUUUCUGUUCAUAGUGCUGCCUAGCAACAGUGUACCAAUGUGCAAGGGACCCCAAGGGGGAUGUAGGGAAGAUUGUAGGAAAGAGGAAUUAAUUAAUUAAUUAAUAGCUUUAUCUGACAAAGAGCGAGGGAUGAGGACAGAUUCUAUCUGGAUGAAUUUGUGAAGAUGCAGAGAGUGUGAGAGCGACGGGUCUACAAAAUGUCCUGAAAGGGGGAUAAUAGCGGGGUGAUAAAACAUGUAAAAGGGGGUAUGAAAAUGGGGCUUCGGUGAGAGGAUAUUGGGACUAGUCAGAACAACAAACACUCCUUUAUCCUCCAAUCUGUUUGCACGCACCUGAGUGUGAUAUUCAAACCUGUGGUCAUGCAUUUUCUCUCUGUAAGACUACUGUUGCUGUCAGCUCUGAGCGGACCUGAUUUUGCCCCCUUCCUCAGUCUCAUACAUACUGCCUGGGGGGCCCUGAAUGUAAUUUGUCCCAUUGAAGUGCUGUACAGUAUAGGCAAAGUGCCCCCUUCCACCCACCACCAUUACCCACUAGGGCUUGUCCCUGCUAUCCUGACCCCCCUACCUUACCUCCUACUAACUCUUCCAAGAGAACCCCCAUCCUUCCAGGUCCUCCUUGCACUGUAGAUACUCACUGUUUUUAGAGCAGGUUAACUGAAAGAGCACUCCAACACUAUUGUAUUGUGACAUUUCAGCAUUUUGGUUCCUCUUUCCUUGAGUUCCUCUUUUUAUAUAACAAUAGAAUUGAGUUUUCUUUGGUAUUAUUGGUACUUGUGUAUUAUUAUUAUUAUUACAGUGUUAUUGAUUGAUUUAUAUUGAGCAAUAUGUUGUUUUCUGACUGUUUGGUUUCGUGGGAGUCUCCACAACAUUGUUUCUGUUCACAGAGAUAGUAGGAUUGACUCUUACCUGCUUCGUCAUAAAAUGUGAAAUGUAAAGUUUAAAUGUAUAUAUAUAGAUAUACACUGUAAGCUGUCUCUGUCCAUGUAUUGAACAUGUAAUGAAAACAAAUAAAGACUGUCAGCAUAGAGUCA